CAACACCAAAGGAGACUCUGCAUCUAUCAUCCAUCUCAGGCAUUACCGGCAUCAUUGCUUAUCACUCGCUUGACAAUGCUUCUGCUUCAGCUGUUAAUAGGUCUCUUACUGAUCAGCUUUUCUCAUGGUGACAGUCAAUGUCCUGUUCAAAUCAUCCCACGGAGUGUUGUUGUGAGGUACGGCGACAAUGUUUCUGCUGACUGCAAAACUUCAGUCCUGCAUGAAGGGAUGGGAUGGGAAGCCAGUGAGGGAGCAGUGCCCAUGACCAAAAACCAGAAUCUGAUCACAUGGAGAGUGCCAGAACUGACAGAAUGGGACAUAAAGCCUUUAUGCUACAUAAACUCUAAAAGAUGCAAUAACAAUCAGUGUGAAAUAGAGCUCCCAGUCACUGUUUUCAAGACUCCAGACAGUGUGUUCAUCAGCACUGUGAAUCACAGAGGACCAAUGAUGGAGGGACAGCAGUAUGAGCUCCAGUGUGACGUUCACAAUGUGGCUCCUGUUCAGAAUCUCACUGUCAAAUGGUACAAAGGACAGACUCUGCUGAAGCAAACCAACUUCACUGACACCAUCGAGACUCCAGUGAAUAAAACUAUCACACUCCUGAUCGGUCCAGACAGAGCUGAUGAUGGAGCUGAAUACUGGUGUGAAGCAGAGCUGGAUCUGGGAGCAGAUGGACCUCAACCUCAUCCUACAAAUUCAUCAAAACCUCUCAGCAUUGCUGUAUAUUAUAAACCAAAACACUCCAGUUCAACAGAGACCAUCAUUCAAGACGAUAAGGUCAUGCUAGAUUGUACAGUGAAGGCAAACCCGGCUCCUAUGUACACAUGGGAUCAUCUAAAAGAGAAGAACAGCUCCUCAGUGCUCAAGUCCUCAGCACUCAGUCUAGGAAACUACACGUGCACCGCCACAAACACUCUGGGAAGAGACAGCAAAGUGUUCAUCGUCAAAGACAGUCAAUGUCCUGUUCAAAUCAUCCCACGGAGAGCUGUUGUGAGGUACGGCGACAAUGUUUCUGCUGACUGCAAAACUUCAGUCCUGCAUAAAGGGAUGGGAUGGGAAGCCAGUGAGGGAGCAGCGCCCAUGACCAAAAACCAGAAUCUGAUCACAUGGAGAGUGCCAGAACUGACAAAAUGGGACAUAAAACCAGUCUGCUACAUAUUCUAUAAAAUAGGCGAUAAAGAUCGGUGUGAAGUAGAGCUCCCAGCCACUGUUUACAAGACUCCAGACAGUGUGUUCAUCAGCACUGUGAAUCACAGAGGACCAGUGAUGGAGGGACAGCAGUAUGAGCUCCAGUGUGACGUUCACAAUGUGGCUCCUGUUCAGAAUCUCACUGUCAAAUGGUACAAAGGACAGACUCUGCUGCAUCAAACCAACUUCACUGACACCAUCAAGACUCCAGUGAAUAAAACUGUCACACUCCUGAUUCGUCCAGACAGAGCUGAUGAUGGAGCUCAAUACUGGUGUGAAGCAGAGCUGGAUCUGGGAGCAGAAGGACCUCAACCUCAUCCUACAAAUUCAUCAAAACCUCUCAGCAUUGCUGUAUAUUAUAAACCAAAACACUCCAAUUCAACAGAGACCAUCAUUCAAGAUGAUAAGGUCAUGCUAGAUUGUACAGUGAAGGCAAACCCGGCUCCUAUGUACACAUGGGAUCAUCUAAAAGAGAAGAACAGCUCCUCAGUGCUCAAGUCCUCAGCACUCAGUCCAGGAAACUACACGUGCACCGCCACAAACACUCUGGGAAGAGACAGCAAAGUGUUCAUCGUCAGAGAUGGCUGCCCCAUUUUGUUAAGUCCUCUUGAUGUGGUGGUUGAAUAUGGAGCUUCAUUUUCAGUGAACUGCUCCUACAGCGCCACACAUCAAUUUGGCUUGAGCUGGGAUGGAUUUGAUGACACAGUGGAGGAGAGUGAAGAGAUCUUCAGAUUGUGGAUAGUAGUGACGGACUGGGAGACAAAUCUAACGUGUUACAUGUCCUCUAAUGAAACACAGUGUUCACAGGAUCUUCCAAUUACUAUUUACAAGACUCCAGACAGUGUGUUCAUCAGCACUGUGAAUCACAGAGGACCAAUGACGGAGGGACAGCAGUAUGAGCUCCAGUGUGACGUUUACAAUGUGGCUCCUGUUCAGAAUCUCACUGUCAAAUGGUACAAAGGACAGACUCUGCUGCAUCAAACCAACUUCACUGACACCACCGAGACUCAGGUGAAUGAAACUGUCACACUCCUGAUCCGUCCAGACAGAGCUGAUGAUGGAGCUCAAUACUGGUGUGAAGCAGAGCUGGAUCUGGGAGCAGAAGGACCUCAACCUCAUCCUACUAAUUCAUCAAAUCCUCUCAGCAUUGCUGUAUAUUAUAAACCAAAACACUCCAGUUCAACAGAGACCAUCAUUCAAGACGAUAAGGUCAUGCUAGAUUGUACAGUGAAGGCAAACCCGGCUCCUACGAACACAUGGGAUCAUCUGAAAGAGAAGAUCAGCUCCUCAGUGCUCAAGUCCUCAGCACUCAGUCUAGGAAACUACACGUGCACCGCCACAAACACUCUGGGAAGAGACAGCAAAGAGUUCAUCGUCAAAGAUGGCUGCCCCAUUUUGUUAAGUCCUCUUGAUGUGGUGGUUGAAUAUGGAGCUUCAUUUUCAGUGAACUGCUCCUACAGCGCCACACAUCAAUUUGGCUUGAGCUGGGAUGGAUUUGAUGGCACAGUGGAGGAGAGUGAAGAGAUCUUCAGAUUUGUGGAUAAAGCGACGGACUGGGAGACAAAUCUAACGUGUUACAUGUCCUCUAAUGAAACACAGUGUUCACAGGAUCUUCCAAUUACUAUUUACAAGACUCCAGACAGUGUGUUCAUCAGCACUGUGAAUCACAGAGGACCAAUGAUGGAGGGACAGCAGUAUGAGCUCCAGUGUGACGUUCACAAUGUGGCUCCUGUUCAGAAUCUCACUGUCAAAUGGUACAAAGGACAAACUCUGCUGCAUCAAACCAUCUUCACUGACACCAUCAAGACUCCAGUGAAUGAAACUGUCACACUUCUGAUCGGUCCAGACAGAGCUGAUGAUGGAGCUCAAUACUGUGAAGGAACUAUCAUAUUUCAUCACAUGCAGAGAUAG